CAGUCUUGUUCCACGUGGUUCCCAUAUACACACAGCUUCUCGUCGAAAUGUAAUCAACACUCUCCAAAAACCUCUUGUUAUCGCCCCAUUAAAACCUACCACAGCCUGGACGUGACUUCCCAAAGAGCCAUGGCAGGCCGUGGUAGAGGGAGGGGCGCUUUAGCUCGAUGGACCAUCUCUCCGGGCCAGCCUUUGGCCGCAAGUUUUGACGGAAGAGCCGUGGCUUCGGUUCCGCCAUUGAAGAAAGAUGGCUCAAUUUUCGGAAAUGGUGACAGUGUUUCAUCGGAUAGAAGGGUUUCCUGCGUUCGUAUCACUUGUAUCAUCGAUGUUAAUCAUUUCUGGGCCCAGUUAGGGUUUCAAAAAGAUUUGUUUUCCUUGCCAGGCUCUGCAUCGGACCUAGAGCACUUUGACCGCUACAUGUAUGCACUGAAUCAGUGGUGUGAUGCUCAGCCGAGUGGGUACAACGACAUGCCAUUAGUGGGGCAGGUAGUGUGUGUCAAGCACCCUGCAUCAGGCCGAUGGCGGAGGGCAGAAGUUACCAGGCUAAGUCAAAGAAUGGCAGAUGUAUUUUUCCUUGACUUUGGAGAGGCAGAGUGUGUUUCAGUGGAGGUCUUCUGUAGUGGUGCCCCCAGUAACGUCACAGCAUGGCCACCACAAGCUUUGUACUGCACACUUGAUGGUGUCCAGCCAGCUAAUAAUGAAAACCAGUGGAGUCAAGCAGCAAUUUGUAGGUUCCGUGAUUUGAUCAGCUGUGAAAAUAGACUGUUAGCAUACCAUGCCCCAGGGAGCUUCCAGCUAGCCCUCUACAUAAGGAAUGAUAAUGGCGAUGAAACCUCGAUCAGCUCUAUCCUAGCAAGGGAAGGCUUUGCUCAGGAGAUGCCUUCUGAUGUUGGCACUAAUAUACCAGACCAAGCCUGUCCAAGUGACUCUCAAAAAGAUCAGCCCUCAUCUUGUCAAGAGCCCACGCCACUUGACAAGCAACAGCUGGAACAGCUUGAGAAACUGGAGCAGCAGCUGGUGAUGAGUGGCUUUACAUAUCUUGUCCCAGCAUCACAGGGGAACGAGCAGGCUUCACGUCCCAAGGAUUAUGGAUUUGGCUCAACCACGACAAUAUCAAGCACCUUUUUCCAAUACAAGGGAAAGCAUGGUGGCUUGCAUGGGGUAACUGGGGUCAAACGAGAACAUGAUCAUUUCUCAGGGAACGAUUUUCAGCAAGCACCAUCAAUUUCAUCUGGUCAUUCAAUGGCACAGUCCUUACCACAACGACCAAACUCAGGCAGAGAGUCUAGGCAUAGUCCAGCAAGCUUUGGUAACGAUCAUGGGUCCAGUCGACCCCACCUUGCAAGUCCAGGAGAGUUCACGGCAACUUCCAAGGGACUGGCCUCUUUACCAACAAGAACACAAGAACAGACCUCAGCAUUUACAGUGCCAGAUGAGCAGCCUGACAGGUACCUCCCACCACACCUCAGAAUGGGCCAGCAGCAGGAACCAGACAGGGCUAAUAGAGAAGAGGCCAGUACGAAGUGGCCAGAAGAGAGCAGUCUAAUUGGUAACCCAUGGCUGGCAAGCGACAUGCAAGAGACUUUGAAGCAGCCCCAUGAGCAACACUUUCUUUCUGACAAAAGACCACCAAGUUCACAUACACACCCUCAGAGUCUUUCACAAGAAGGAAGUAAUUUGUUCCCUACCGGCCAUAUUGCAUUCCAUGGACCAAAACUUGGCAGACGAAGUCUAGCUGCAAUUUUCUCUACUCCUGUGAAGAGCGACCAUGGUGAAGUAUCCAAGUUGCAGGCUUACGCACAAGAACAGCAGCAACAACAACACAUUCCCAGGCCCCAGCUGCAUGAAUAUCAGCAACAGCAGCAGCAACAGAGAGACCCUGUCAGACAUUUUGAGCCUCUAAAAGUCCAGCCAACUAAUGAAAAUAGUAACGACAAAGCAAUGAAGAAAGAACUAGAGUGGCAGAAGUGGAAAUUUCAAAGAAACCUCAAGAAAAUACUGGACAGGGCCUCACUCAGCAACAUUGAGGAGCUGAGCUGUGAAUUGGCACAGUGUGUGGCAGAAAGUAGGCUUUCACAAAAUUUCAAGGGUGUUUCUGAAACUGUGGUGAUGCUUGAGAUGAUUAUUGAGAGAGUACUGGACGGAAAGAGUUUCAGUGACAUUGCCACAAAACUUUGCUGGCUUCUCUCAGGCUUGGAAGUGAGCAUGUUUCAGGAACAUUUUAGAGGUGUAGUGUUGGCAUUUCGUGAUGAACUAAUUGAGCAGCAUAUCAGUAGUUCAUGGGAGACGAGAUGUGAAAGGUUUUGCUCCUUCCUUGCCAACAUGUUUGUCACACUGAAUCUCAAGGAGGGAUCCGCUCCUCAAAAUCUGAAGCAAGCUGUUUUGCUGGUCAUCAACCAGAGUUUAAACAAAUGGGUAGCACUCGACAAGAACUUGUCUGAAGCUGAGCUUAAUGUCAGGGCUGCAUGUUUAUGCAAUCUGUUAAAGGUCAUAGGGCCAGUAAUGGAGGAAAACAGAGGAAGCUGUGAAGAGAGUGAUCUACGGCAGAUGUUUGGCUCAACAUUGAGGGAUCUUGUGUUAUCAACAGAGUUACCAAGAUCAACCAGGGAGAGACUUCUAGACUUGCUACUUCAUAGAGCAUCAGGUUGGUGCAGUCCAUGUGAUGAGAGUGAAAAUCAAGCAGAGUCUUGCAGUGACUCCAACCAAGACGUGCUUGUCGAACCAGAAAACAGUGAUGAUGGGGAGUUCGCUAACAGUGAGGAUACAUCACAGCAGAAUGACCUGAUUCAAGACAAAGAAGAAGACCAAGCUGGCUGGGACCCUUAUGCUCAAGUCUCCACGAUGCUGGAGCAGCUUAAGCUUGAUGAUUUGUUCCCAAAGUUCAGAGAUAACUGCAUUAGGGAUUCCCUUUUGACUGCUAACAAAGAUGAAUUCAAGAAAACACUUCAGGAAGCCGGCUUUCCUCCUGGGGUUAUUCUGGAGAUUAGAAUGUUUCUUGACGAAGGGUAUUUCCCACUGAAAGCCAGGCCAAUUCAGAAACCGACCACUGUUCCGGCCGAUGCAAGCAGCAGUGGUGCGAAUAGCAGCACACAUCAGGACGUCCCAGCUGAACAGAAACAUGUUCCUCCAAAUACUACUGAGGAAGACCAUGCAAGAACAGAGGUUAACGAGUUACACCGUGAGCUGAAUCAGCUGAUGACCAUUGAAAGCACUGGUGGGUCCUUAUCCAAGAGGAUGCCAUCUCCAAAGGGAAAGGCAAGUCCAAGCUUAGAGGGUACUCCUUAUAGCCGUCGGUCAAGUGUGUCAGAACGACUAAGGCGAUUUUCAUCAGGGCACUCAGCAGAUGAAGGCAAGCAGCACGUAAUUAUCGACUCGCAUAAUACCUUUGAGCCGUCAUAUCUUAGUAGGACUCCACCUUUACGUGUCGACACAACUGCAUUUGACUUUGAUCUUGGCCCUGUGUCGCCCUCGGCCCAGAACCAGCUAACUUACAGUGCAGUAGUCAAGGCAAAGAACGAGGAAGCUUCUCCUGAGGCUGCAAGUAAGACUGUCCCUGUGAAGCUCACCGCGCUGACCAGGGGGAAUGAAACAAAUAAAGAUGUUUCUCCCAAGACAGUUUCUGGAAAAGGUUUGGAAGAAUCCAAAGAUGGCACAGGAAAGAGAGAUCAAAGCAGAUCUCUACCGCGUCCUCCUCCAGGUUUUCCACCCCUACCUCCACAGACAUGGGCCCAGGGUCAAGGGAAAGGAGAGCUUAGAUUGACAGUACUGAACUCUACCAAGCCACGUGGGAAAUGUGAGGAGGAUGGGGCAGAGGGUGAGUCUGCACCCUGGUGUGGUAAGCUGGGUAGUGACCAGGAGGAAUCCAAGGAGCGAGAGCAUGUAGGACCUAGCAGAGGAGGGUAUAGAGGAGGAAGAGGGGGUAUGUCCAGAGGAUACCAAGAUAAUAAGAGCUGGGGAGAACCAGGUCACGUGCAACCCCAGGGGGCGUGGUCUGACAGGUGUACAGGGCCAACUAGGGUGUCGAGGGAACGUGCAGAUCGCCAAGAGGAGAGGCCAAGGGAGACGACUACAUCACGUGGUGGAUUCGGAGGGUUUGGUCGACCUGAACGAUCUAGAACCCAACAAGAACAUUCUUCUUACAAGGGUGGAUUCGGAAUACCAUCUGACUCCCAGACUUUUAGCCGUACUUCUUCCUCACAGGGGUACGGUGGGGGUUUUUAUGACGAGGCACCAUCUAAAUUACAGCCAUUUGGGCAGAGAGGACCAAAGGCUUGUUACAUAUGUGGAAGUCCUGAACAUCUGCACUGUGAUGAUAGAACAAAACUGUUUAUAGAUUAGCACAUCUAGAAUCGCCCUUGUGUUUAUAUGACUUAUUAUAAAAUGUGAUUAUGUUUUAGCAGACUUGCAAAAUAGGAUUUAUUUUGAGUUCUUUCAUCUACAAACUAGGUCGUUGAAGUUUUUAGGGUCAGAAAUCUGGUUUAUGUAAUUAUGAAAAGAUUUAUAAGGCAUUUACAUGCGGGUUUUUUAAUUUUUAGACCCUUUAUCUGUUUGAUAUAUUAAAGACUUUUAGAAUGUA